UUAAAUAUUUAUUUCUGACAUUUACUAAUUUUUAGUAAUAUUUUCAGACUACAGUUGAUCUGAGAUCACUAAAACUACAGAAAACAAACUGAAAGCAAGAAGACUACUGUUUAGGUAACAAGACCAGCUGUGGCUUUUAUUGAAGUUCAUCAAGGUUAUAAGGGAAGUUCUUAUGUUUUCCCUUUGUUUCUGCAUAUAUUUAUAAUAUGUUAUAUAUAUGUAAGUUUUAAUAGAAUUUAACAUAAAAACAUUCAUCUUUGCACCAUAAAAGAUCUUAAUGAAACCAUGGUGUCAUUAAUGAGAAUAUCUAUAGGCUUUGUAGCUUGAUUUCUUUUAUUUUCUUCACGUAUUAGAGUCAGAUAUGCAGACCUGCCCUGUAAAUGCAAUUGAUAAUAAGUAUAAAAAUCUAUGAGAAUACAUACAAUAAAGACACAGAAGGGUUAACAGUAUUAACAUCCAGAUAGCAACAAAAGAGAGUCCAAUAAAGGCAGAUUAGUAAGUAUAGUCAAAAGAGACACCCAACUUAGAAUAUCCAAUAUUCUUAGCUUUCAAGGAAAUGCAAACCAAACUAUACUGAAACUGCAUCUCACUCUGCUCAGAAUGACUGUCAAUAAGAACAACAACAACAACAACAAAAACAGCAUAUAUUGGCAAGAACAUAGGGAAAUAUAAGUUAAUCUGAUACUAUAGGAGGCUCUAUCAAAAGAAUUAGAUUAGAUUUAUCAUAUGAUACAGUUACAACACUCUUGGGCAUAGUCUUCUUUACAUGAAGACUAUACAGUGACACAAACCCUCCUUCUUAAGGUGCUUUUGGUCACACUGUCUAUCUCAGCAAUGGGAAACCAAUGAUGCCAGGAGGGCAGUCUUCCUCAAGUAAUCUGAUUAAGAAAAUCCAUCACAGACACUUGGAUUUCAGUUGAUUCCAGAUGCAGUCAAGUUGACAAAAAAAAAAAAAAUACCCAUUGGAAGUUAUAAAAUCCCACUCUGUGUCAGCCAGUGUCCUUACUUUUAACUGACUGCACCCGCUGAGCUUGGGGCUGAAUUUUCAUUGUCACUUGGUCACUCUUACAACGAGGGCUUGGGCUUGACUUUCAACAACUCGAGCUGUAUGUCUGCCAGGAAGAAGAUCCUCUUCCAGGGCACAGGUAGGAACGUUUAGACUGCUUGUGUCCAUCUGAGCCAGUUCAUUUUAUCACAAGCUCAUUCUUUCCCUUUGUCACUUCAUUUCCAGAUGCUAGAAGCCACCAGCUUGCAUCAUUGGGUUCCUGGUGGUUUUUUUUCCACAAAAUAUCAAUAUCUUUACACAUGGAUAGUGUCACUAGACUUCUUGCUCCUCACAAGAGGUGAAUACAGCUCAAGUUGGUUUAUCUAGUUAACAUCUUUAAAUACAAAAGAUCUUGUGGAUUAACAAAGAAAAAACUCAUUGUUUAAUAAUGAUGCAUUUGUGUGUCAGGUUGACAAAGACUCAGAUGUAUUGUUUAACUUUUUUUGUCAACUUGACACAAGCCAAGAUCAUCUAAGAAGAGGAUUGUCUCAUUUCAGUUGAGGAAAUGUCUCUAUCAGAUUAGCCUGUGGGUAUCUCUCUGUGGAAUUUUCUUAGUUGCUAAGGAGAGGCCAGCUCCCUGUGAGCAGUACCAUCCCUGGGCAGAUGAGCCCGUGAUAUACAGGAAAGCAGGCUGAGCAAGAAAGCAACACUCCUCCAUGACCUCUGCCUCCCUUCCUGUCUUGAAUUCCUGCCCUGCCUUCCCUUCAUUAUGUACUAUGAGCUGUAAGAUGAAAUAAACCCUUUCUUCCCCAAGUUUCAUUAGUCCUGGGGCUUAUCAUAGCAAUAGAACUCUAACUAUGAGGAGGGGGAAAGGUGGGAAGGAGGACAAAGGAUAGGAAAGGGUUACAAAGUGUGAAUAUGAUUAAAGUACAUCAUAUGCGUGUGUCUUAAUGAAGCUCCUUGCCUUGCGUAAGUCCUGUACUCAAGUCUAGAAAUAGUAGUGAUGAUCUGGGAAGAUUGUACCUGUCUUGGGAGGUAAUGAUAGUUGGGAAUAUCAGAAAAUCAUGUGUAUUUGAAUAAGAAAGGGGUAUUUUUUUUUCACUUGAACAAAGUGCAUAUAUUUCUAGUUCAAUGGCUCUCUUCUGAACAACAAUCUGAAUAAGGUCACCUUAUAUCUCUCAGGCUUGCCAUACUGCAAGGGAAGGCUGAGUAUGUCUUGAUAAUCACUCAGGAGUCUUAAAACUCCCAAGACUCCACAAUCCUUAGAUCCAAAUGUGGCUGGAAAAUGUCUUCUAGCUAUAAAUUUAGGUAGAAAGAAAUAGUAUAUUGGGGGUUGAGUGGGCUUCUAAAAUGCUCUACCACAAAGAUGGCCCAAUCCAGGUCUUUUGGGAAUACAGACAGAAUAACAGACACCUUCUAUGGGAAUAUAGUAAGGCCAGUGAUAAAGGUAUGAAUAUAGUCCCUUGGGAAAUUUGAAGGAUGUAGUAUUGUUUUCAAACUUUCAUCAGCUCCUGGGACAAUUUCAGAAAUGUGCUUUAAACGGUACUUGGUGGUGCAGUAGACACAUGGCUCCCCUUUCGUAUAAUGUGUGAGCCAAUGUUCCCUAAGCCCUCAGCUGCAGGAUGUUGCUGGUAUCGUUGCUUUGAGAAUGCAACCGGUAUGUCCUUACCAGAGUAUGAAUGCAUCUGGAAUUUGGGUUGCCCAGAUUGAAGAGACUUCAGUAGCAUUCAUUCAUACAUUUGUUCAACAUUUAAUAAAAACAUCUGACCCCCAAACUCAAUUUACAAUUUUACAACAUUUUACAAAGACUUUGAUCUCAAAAUCUCCAUCUAUAAUUUUAUAAGAAUGUACAUUCCUUGCAACAGUUUCUUUCCACAUUUUUUUUCUUUAGUCAUUUUUCCUUAGGAGAAAAAAAUAUAACUUUUGGAUGAGAGAAAUGCAGUCGAGGCUCACAUGGGGAGACUGGGGGGGGGGGAGACAAAAUACAGCAUCCUCUCAGCUCUAAUCUAGAACAGCCUGCUUUUGGCAACAGGAGUCAUUUGUCGCUGUGUGUCCACAUUACCACCUGGAAAGUCCACAUAUCUAUGGCCACAGGAUUCUAGUUUGCCGUCUUAAUUUAUCUAUUCCACCUGUGUGCUGAUUCGGCUGCCUGAUACUCUUAAGUGAUUCUAAUUAGAAAACACGCAGGGGAAUCCUUCUGGGAUUCCAAAGCUGCUAGAAUCCCCUUUGAUCUCCCAUCUGAACCACCAAGGUUUAUUGUUUCAAUUUCUCCCCUCAGCGCUCCAGUUGACAAUUAUUGGUAUUUUAGAGCCUAGAGAUAGCAAUGGGAAGCCAGGCAGCCUAACAGUUGAAAGAGAGCUCUCUGCCAGAGAGGGGAAACCCACCCUUAGUGAAAAGGAAAAGAUGCCCAUCCCGCACUUUAUAAAUAGCUGCCAAUUUAUUAAUGAGCUGCUGGGUUUGGCUAGAAUUUUAAAGAUGUUUUCCAGCAUUUUCAAAGAGGCAAUAAGUUAACUGGAUACAAACAGAUGCAAACAGCAUGCUGAACCACAACUAGUUAAAUUCUGGAAAAUGCUAAGACGACCUGAGGAACGUUUGGAGUGGCGAAGAAAUUCAUCUUAGAGUUUCCAAAGAAAGAUUUUAACUCUAAAGACAGUUUAAUUAGGAAUCUUCUGUCCGUUUCUAGUGAUUGUAGAAAGAGGUAGGAAAAGAGAGAAAAGUGGCGUGCCGGUAAGAAAGUUUUAUUUGUUUGUUUGAUUUCAUUCACCUAAGGAGAUUUGUGCAACGGUCCUGGGUUGCGGAUGAGAAAUGGCAAUGUGUGACAAGGGUUGUGGGAACGUGUGCUCACGCUUGACUAGGGCUGGGCUCACCGAGAGGGAAGGGCUGAGCUGGCUCAGGGGAGGAAGGAGGCGGAGGGAACACAGUAUAAAAGUCUCCAGCCUAACAGAGUGCCCGUCACUCGAGCCACUUGGGGAAGGCAGGAGCCAGAGCCACGCUGGACCCAGUUCUCUCUAGCCUCGUUGGCAAGGAUCCCGCGCUCUCCAGAUAUAUCACCCAGCCGUUCUGCUCGCCAGCCGCACCACUUGCAAGGCAUGAGUCGCUCCCGGGAGCCCGAGGCUGGAGCGCGGUCAUGAGGCGGUGGCGCUGUUGCAGCGGCUGCGUUUCGGCAGCCCCCAAGUCCCCUCCAGGCGCAGCACCCCCAGGAUGAGCCCCCAGACUCGAGUCUACCAAGCUGAGAGUCACCCAGCAUCCCACUGACGUCCGAGCGCCUUCGCAGCGCACACCGUGUUCUUCGCAGCCUCCCACGCGACACCUGCGCACUUAAGUAGACGCGCGCGGAUUGAAUCCAACUCACCCGCCUUUCCGACGCUCCAGGGCGCUGUAGGCGCACGGUCUGCUGCACCCAGUGAUCAGCCAGCCCAGAGCCCCGCAGCUAGUGUCAAGACCCUUCCGGACCGACAGACACCGUGUCACCCCACCCCCUACCCCCCAAACUCGCUGCUCAAGGUCAGGGUGCGUGGUGGGGUCGCAGACACCUGGUUUGUCUGGCCCCUCCGUUCUCCACUCCUAUAACUCCAGCUCUACUUUGCCCAUAAACUUUUCUCAGGUGGCCUGGGCGACCCCCACUCGCCCGCAGCCCCAAGCACUAGAGCGAGCAGAGGGCUAGUUCCUUUGCCACAGCGACCUCGGCAGCAAGCACUUAGCACAGCCGAGAAGGCGGACGCAGGCGCCGGCGGGGCGCCCCCAGUUAUCCUCAAACGGUGACAACCUCGGUGACCCGGAGCCAGCCCAUCCGGGGACUGAGCGAGCGGGGCGACGAAGCUAGAGGUCCCAAGGAACUUGGAGUGAGGAAGGUGGUGGCCCCGAGGGUGAGUGGCUCCCGGCAGCGGGGGCGGGGGAGCCGAGAGUGGAGGUAACUCCGGGCGGCCUCUGAAGCCCUCCUCCUCCUUCUCCUCCUCCGCCUCUAACCCCGCGCUCCUCUGGCGGCCGCUCCCGCUCCAGCUGCGGCACCGCGGCCACAUCUGGGGAGCCCAUGUGCGCUCGGGGGCUCGGCUGCGCCCGCCCCGCCGCCGCCCCCGCAGUUCCCUGCCCGAAGGGUGGACCCUGGCCGGGCCUGGGUCGCGGACAGCCCCGGGUCCCCAUCGCCGCCGCCGGACAGCUCCUGGGAUUGCUCCGCCACCGGCUUGGACGUCCCCGGCCCCGCGGUGGCUCCGCUGUGGUGUGGCGGCGGCGUUGGCGGCUGCUCCUGUUCCCCGGGCCCCGUGCGCUCGGCCGAGCCCAGAGCCAGCCCUGCCGGCCCGGGGAGCGGGGCCCCGGUGGGGGCCGAGGCGGGAGCCGCUCAGUCGAGCUCGGGGGCUCCGACUCCUCCUCCCCCGGCGGCGGCGCCGCCGCCGCCGCCGCCAGUCGCGCGGGGUCCUAAAGCCGCGCGACUCAAGAGGAUGGUGCGCCUGGCUGCGGAACUGCUCCUGCUGCUGGGGCUACUGCUGCUCACGCUGCACAUCACGGUUCUGCGCGGAUCCGGAGCCUCCGACCGGCAGGACGCGGCCGCCGGCAACGUCAGCGGGUCCCAGUUGCAGAAUAACCUCAACCUGGAGAGUGACUCCACGUCAGAAACCAGCUUUCCUCUGUCCAAAGAAGCCCCGGAGGAGCACCAGGUUGUCCACCAACCCUUCCCCAGACAGCGAUUCCCUCCAGAGACUGGACAUCCUUCACUGCAGAGAGACGGCCCCAGAUCCUUUCUCCUUGACCUACCAAACUUUCCAGAUCUUUCCAAAGCUGAUAUCAAUGGGCAGAAUCCAAACAUUCAGGUCACCAUAGAGGUGGUUGAUGGCCCUGACUCCGAAGCAGAAAAAGAUCAGCAUCCAGAGAAUAAACCCAGCUGGUCGCUCCCAGCUCCCGACUGGCGGGCCUGGUGGCAGAGGUCCUUGUCCUUGGCCAGGACAAAUAGUGGGGACCAGGAUGACAAGUAUGACAGUACCUCAGAUGACAGCAACUUCCUCAGUGUUCCUAGAGGAUGGGACCGUCCAGCCCCAGGACACCGGACUUUUGAAACCAAAGAGCAGCCAGAGUAUGAUUCCACAGACGGGGAGGGUGAUUGGAGUCUCUGGUCUGUCUGCAGCGUCACCUGUGGAAAUGGCAACCAGAAACGGACCCGUUCUUGUGGCUAUGCAUGCAUUGCCACAGAAUCCAGGACCUGUGACCGUCCAAACUGCCCAGGAAUUGAAGAUACUUUCAGGACAGCGGCCACUGAAGUGAGUCUGCUUGCGGGAAGUGAGGAGUUUAAUGCCACCAAGUUGUUUGAAGUUGACAUAGGACACGUCUGUGGGAAACUUGCAGAGCCUCCAAAGUGAAAGACAAGCUGGAGUCCACCCUCCCCAUAGCAAAAAACAAACCCACUACUCAGCUGUCCUCACCGAGCAUCCAGUAAAACGAAGUCUCCAGCAGAGGAGCGAAGGGGGAAGGAAGUUUUCUCAGUAGUUUAUACUUCCUUCCUUUGCAAGAAUUUUCCAUUAAAAGAAAAAUUCAGUACAGGCACGCAUGUUGGGGUGUGUGUGUGGUGUGUGGUAUGGUGUGCGUGUGCAUAUGUGUGUGUGGUGUGUGGUUUCUCAUUUCUCUACUAGAAAGUACUGGCUCAGAAGCAACAACCUGAACGAUCACAGCAGAAAGCAUCCCCUUAGGUGCAAGCUCGCUUGUCAGCACAGCCUCAAUUACUUCUGGAUCCCAGUCUGUGUUGUAAAAGAGUAAGAUUCCUUCCAUCCUACUUCUUUUAUCCCUGAAAAUUCUUUUGUUAUCUCAUGUCUGCUGUGCCUCCUCAGACAAAAUGGAGCAGUUCUAAGUCUCUUUUAGUUUCCUAUCCCAACUAUUUUGAGAUGUAAUCUUCUCUUUCUCAGAGAGCUUCAGGAGUCAGUCAAGGGUCUAGGUAGAAUAGUCUAGAAAAAAAUAGAAUGGAAAAAUGGAACCAGCACUCCAAUGAAAAGGAACAGUAAACAGCCUCAGCAUCAGCGUCAGCCUCAGCCUCAGCCUCAGCAUCAGCCUCAGCCUCAGCCUCAGCAUCAGCAUCAGCAGAUGUUGGUGGGUGGGGCAGUCCUCCUGCCUCCUCCCUCCAGCCCCAGCUGAGGGGGUAUUCAUAGUGGAAAGCUGCUGGGACAAAAGACAGUAAUUUUUUCUAAGAGAGUAGCCCCCGGUGAGUUGAGCAUGCUCCAGUUGAAGACCACAUAGCCAAGAACAUUUGGGUGACACAGAUUGGUCUUGGUGGGAGAAGUGGGGGAGUUGAAUGGUUAGGAAGGAGGGCAGCUCUGGGAAGAAUGGAGAGGUGAAUGUGAUCAAAACAUAUCAUACAAAAUCCUCAAACAACUAAUAACAUUUUUUUUUCUGAAGGAUGGGGGCAGCCACAUCUUAACCACCUUAAGGUGAACACCAACUAGUUGGGCUGAUUUUUCAAGAUAGAUCCCAGAUCUUGGUUUCGCUAGAAUAUGCUUUGAUUUUUACAAUGCUUGUCAAUAAUUUGUUUUUAAAACAAAAUUUAUUUAAACAUAUCUGUAAGCCAAACUCAGGACAGUUUAGAAAUUCUGUGUUAUUCGGACCUUCACUCACUCCUCACCUCACAUACACAAUAAAAUUGCAUUUAUUUAGCAACAGUCUUCUGCAAGCACCGUUCCCUGGAUUCAUUUUUUUAAGCUGACUUUAAAGGUCUGCAUUCUUUGGGGAACAGAGAACUUCUCCUGUCUCCUCCUAUCACAUUUCACAGGCAAGUGUCUUUUACUUUUUCCUACAGGGCAAGGCAUAAGACCACAUUCAAUGUAUAGCUAAGGAUACCAGAACUGAGUAGACCUAUUGCAACCAGAGUCCAGGCCAAAAAAAAAAAAAAAAAAAAAAAAAAAAA